AUGACUGCGAACAAUCUUGAAGUCACAAAUACCUCCGCCAGUCUUCCAACUGACGGUAAUGAAGAUAUAAAGGUACAAUACGAUGGAUUACUCGCUUCCAAUGAUUCCGAAAUCAAUGGUGUGAAGCAUGAAAGCUUAGACAAUGCGACUACGACUGUUACUUCACCGGAAGAAACCGAAAAUCUUCCUCCUUCUGCUUUAUUACAAAAGAAGCAUGAGGUUGAAGGUUAUUCUAAGGAAAAGCCUGCUUCAUCAAAGACCGUAUCGCAAAAACCCAUUAUUGAUGUCCACUCAGAGGCUGCUUUCCCUACCCUUUCGCCCAAGGUCAGCUCUAGUAGACCAAAAACUGCGUCUUGGGUCCGAAAGGCAGCUGGUGUUAGUUCAGCCGCUAAUGAUGGUGCCCCUUCUUCAGCUGACUCAGCUACUUCUUCCAACAGGACUGCUUCUGCUUCAAGAGAAACAGAUUAUAUGACAGACACUUUGAUUUUGGGCCCUGAUCAGCAGAUGUCUCGCCUCUCGUUCACCGGUAAACCAAACUCAGUUGCAGAUAUUGUACGUACCAUUAUGCAGCAAACUUCUACUCGUAAAGUUGCUUCUGUUAAGGCUGCCCACAGACAAAUAAUAAGGGCCGUCGGUCGUCGAAACACCAUUAUUGUUCCCUGCCCUGUCUUUGUUGUCGGCGCUGUUAUCGGUACCAACGGUCAGAAUCUAAAGACCAUUAUGGAUCGUACUGGCACUCGUAUUCAAGUCCCUAAGCGUAACUCCUCUGCCACUGACGAUAAUGAAACAUCUUCUAAGAAUGAAAAGUCCAUGCUCUCUUCCUCGACUUCUUUGGACGAAUUAGAACCUCAAUACGAGCUGACUUCCGUUACCAUCGAAGGCGAUUUUGAAGGUGUUGAACUCGCGAAAAAAGAGGUGGAAACAAUCAUUAAUGAACGCACUAGUCAUACUACUGUCCGCAUUAAUACAAUUCCCACUGAUUUGUACAACUUGCUUCGUGGAGCCGAUGGUUCGAAUAUUGCCGAAUUGGAAGAAGGCAAAGAUCUUAAAGUUCAAAUUCCAUUUGCAUACUCCGACAACAAUUUGCCCGUCAAUCCAGUUGUCUUAUCUGGUGAAAAGUCUUGUGUUCGUGAAUGUGCUCUUUUCUUACAAGGAAAAGCCGAGGAGUUAGCUCGCACUACCAUUCCUACUAUGAUUCCUGUCCCUCGUCGUCAACAUCGUUUUAUCAACGGAGAAAAGAGUACUGGUAUUCAAGAUAUCUUAAGAAGCACUGGAUGUUCAGUUAUACUUCCUCCAAUUAAUAGCGAUUCAGAUAUUGUCAGUGUUCGUGGUCCUGCAAUGAAUAUUAGUGAUGGUAUUAAGAUGACUAUGGAGCGUGCUAACUCUACAAUUGUUGAUGCUGUUAAUAUUUCCACUGUCUUCACUUCCUUGAAAGAUCCCUUCAGCCAUGCUAAUUUGCUUGCCAGAUUUUUCAUUCGCUCCAAGUUCUUGUCUCAAUAUGAAAACGCUUUAAAUGUUCAGUUUCAUCUUCCGAAGCGCGAAGAGCUCCAGGAACCUGCCAAUAAAUCUGUCAUAAUCGAGAUUUCCAGUAAAGCCGCUGAAAGCGUUCGCAAUGCUCGUGCUACGUUAACUAAGGUUAUUAGUCAAUUCCCUCCUCAUAAAUUCCAUAAUGUUGAGAUUGAUCCUCUGUUGCAACGUUACGUUAUUGGUUCUAAAGGUAAAAACUUGCAAAAACUCAGAGCGGAUCAUAGCGUUGAGCUAUUAAUUGGCGAAAAUGGUGAAAAUGAUUCCAAUGUCAUUCUUUGCUAUACUGGGUUGGAUGACGGAAAGUCUCCUGAACAGGUACAAGAAGAAUUGGCAAAUCUGGGUGAACGUAUCAAAUCCUCUGCCGAUGCCUCCGCUAAGAUUGUUUCUGAAACUAUCCAAGUACCUUCUGUCUAUCAUAAGCAUAUUGUGGGACCGAAGGGUACUACACUGAAGGCAAUUCUUGGUAAUUCAGAGGAAAAUGUAAUAGUUCAGCUUGGUAAGGUUUCUUAUCGCACUGACUCUACCGAUGACGAUGUCUACGUUAGAGGAUUUUCCAACGACGUUCAGCGCAUCACAAAUGAAAUAAAACAACUCGUAAGAGAUGCAAAGAAUCAUGAGAUCCUUCACUCAUACGUUGCUGAAUUUGAUUUUCCCGCUCAGUAUUCAAAGAAUAUUAUUGGUAAAAAUGGAAGCAAUGUGUCCACUCUUCGUGAAAACUUUGGUGUUCAGAUCAAUGUCGAGGAAGGACAUGUACGUAUCCAAGGUAUCAAAAAGAAUGUUGAAGAAACUAAAGCUCGCAUUCAAGCUCAAGUCCAAGCUCUCAUGGACGAUACCAUUUUGCGCGUUACCAUCCCCAAUGAAUUCCACCGCCAGCUUAUUGGCGCCAACGGAAAAUACGUUAAACGCUUAGAGGAAAAAUUUAGUGUCCGUGUUCGUUUCCCUCGUGAAGAUGACUUGAACAAUUCCGGAAACGAAACGAUCAAGCCCUCAUCUGUUGAUGAAAUUAUCAUUCGUGGUAGUAAGAAGGCUGUCGCUUCUGCUAAGCAAGAGUUAAUUGAACUUUACGAGUAUGAGAAGUCUAUUGCUUAUAGUGAAGUUAUAGAAAUUCCCUCUAAGGCUGCUUCCAGAGUUGUAGGGCGCAAUGGCGCUACUGUAGAGAAGAUUCGUGCUCAAUAUGAUGUCAAAAUUGACAUUGGAGACGAAAGAUCUGAGGGUGCAAUUAAUGUUUCAGUACGCGGUUCUCAAGAAAAUGUCGAAGGUGCCAUCAAAGAAAUUAAUGCUAUUGCUGAAGAAAUUAAAAACCAAGUCGAGAAAGUUGUCAAAAUUGAUCGCGAAUACCAUCGUUUUCUUAUUGGCCCUAAUGGAAGCAACUUGCAAGAAAGUAUUAAACAAUGUGGUGGUACAACCGACAAAGCCGAGACUGCUCGUCUUGUUAGUUUCUCCAAUGGCAACUCUGAAGAAGAACGCAAUUCUGUUGUGUUACGUGGUAACAAACAACUCGUUGAAGCUCUAGAAUCUCAUUUCUUACAAACUGUAGAGGAACUAAAGAAUCAAGUUGAAAAAACUAUUGAUGUUCCUCAGCGUAGCAUCAGUUCUAUCAUCGGAAGAAUGGGAAGUAGCCGUCGUGAUAUCGAAAAGAAAACAUUGACUUCUCUUACAAUUCCGAAUGUUUUAGAUCCCGAGCAACUUGUAACCAUCACAAUCAUUGGUAGUCCCGAGAAUUGCGACAAAGCUAUACAGAUGAUUCAAGAGAAAGUUGCUAGUCAAUACACAGAAACCAUUGAGGUUGCCAAUACUUUGUGUGAACGAUUGACGAAUGGUCCGAUUAUCAGAAGACUUCGCAAUGAUCUUAAGGUGUUUGUGGACGUGCCCGACGUUCGUAAUCAAUUAGAAGGUUCAGAAAUUGUCCUUGAGGAUAACGAAGAAGGACCCUAUCCCUGGAAGUUAGUUACCAAGCAAAAAAAUACCGACGGUGUUUCAAUAUUGACCAUUAGAGGUUACAAAGAAAAUGUUCAAAAGGCCAUUAUUGCUUUGGAGAAGAACAUUAAGCAGGUUGAAGAAGAAUGCACUGGUUACCUUUCUGUUCCUCCAAACUUGCAUCGUCGUAUUAUUGGUGCUGGCGGCUCUGUUAUUAACAAGAUUCGCAAGGUUGCUCAAGUGAAAAUUGACGUUCCUCGUGUAUUAGGUGUCGAUAUUAUUGUCAUUCAAGGAAGUCAAUCUGGAGCUGCUAAAGCAAAAGAUUUAAUUAUUGAACGCUUAAGUGAGUCUCAAGAUUAA